AUGGCCAUCAUACUCAUGGCCACAUACGCAGCAGCCAAUCCUGCAACUGCAACUUCUAGAGGAACAACCAUGGGAGGUGGAGGCUCAUCUUCUUCUUCCUCAUCAUCUUCAAGCGAGGAAAGCGGCUUUAUUAGUUUGAUAUUCUUUGCGCCUGUAGAUGAAAGUGAAGAACACGGAAAAGCAUAUAGAUUCUUCACAAGUCCAUUUGUGACUGUUGGUUUCUUUGUCCUCUCUCUGAUUCUAGUGGCAGGAGGUGUUUUCGGUGUCAUGGGCGCAGGAGGAAGCAGUGGUGGCAGCAGCAGCUCAUCCGCUUAA